UCUGGUGCUCUUCAGAUGUGUAGUGAUUUUCUUAAAGAUUUAAAAUUCAUUAAUGAAAAUAAAAUCGAAUAAGGCAACAAAAAUCUGGAAAACGCGACAAAACGUACCAAAAACAAUCAGACUACGAAAAUGCUUUUAUCAAUGCGAGAAUGGCCACGAAUGCAUUGGCGAAUAGUUGCACGAGUUAUCUCGAGCGCUAGCAGAACCAAAAGCAAAACUGAUUUUCCGAGGAGCGCAUCACAAUAUCACACUUCUACGAGUAUGCUCGGAGUCGGAAAGCAUCGUACCAAUCAAUUGACUAUUCAGGAGGCACACGAGCAAAAUCUUGGUAGAACUAUGUGUACGAGUACUUCCUCAACAAUUGGAAAUCUUUGUGUGCCCUUGGCGAUGGAAAAAAAUGAGAUCGAUGGAUUCAUCGCUGCCUAUCCAGAUGUUGUAAGAGACCUUACGGAGUUUGGAAAUAACAACGAAAGCAAAAUGGCUGCAGAAUGGUUCGAGAAGGCUCUAAACUACAAUUUGUCACCAACCAAUACGAAAAAUAGUGUAAUUGCCGUUUUGACGUACAAAAAUUUAAUGAAAGGCGAUCAACUCACUGCGGAAAACUUAAGAUUGGCGCAUUUGCUUGACUGGUGCCGUGAACUGCUUCACUCUGUCAUCCUCAUCACUGAUGAUAUCAUAGACAAAGGCAUAAAACGUCGGGGCCAGUUGUGUUGGUAUAAAUUGGAAGACGUUGGUUUCAAUGCAGUGAACGAUGCGCUCAUGAUUGAAAAUGGCAUCUAUAAACUACUAAACAAAUAUUUCCGUCAUUUGGACUGCUACGUUGAUCUGAUCGAAUUGUUUUGUCAAAGUAUCUUUAAAUUUAUGACUGGGCAGUCAAUGGAUAUGCUUGCCGGUGGAAGGAGUGUGACCACUUUCACUAGAGACUUAUACGAUGAAAUUGUAAAGACCAAAACUGCCAGCUACUUUUUCUAUUUACCCAUGGCUGUGGCUUUACAUUUGGCGAAUGUUAAAGACCAAAAAGUUUUCAGCGAAUGUGAAGCCAUUGCAAUCGAGUUAGGUAAAUUUUAUCAAGCACAAAAUGAUUUCCUUGAUUGCUUUGCUAGUCCUGACUUCACUGCUAAGAUUGGCACAGACGUAGAGGCCAAUAAGUGCACCUGGUUGGCUGUGGCGUGCAUGGAACUAGCCAACCCGGAACAAAAGUCGCUCAUGGAGGAGUGUUAUGGACAAAAUGAUCCCCAGAAGAUCGCGCGUGUUAAGCAGCUCUACGAAGAACUGAAUAUACCCAGCCUCUAUGCCAAACACGAGGAAGAAACAUACAACAGGAUAAAAACACUUAUUCAACAGGCAUCGGUUAAGCUGCCACGUGAAGCUUUACAAGAAAUUCUUAACGCAGUUAAUCGAAGAGGAAUUAUAUAAAAACUAAUACAUUACAUAAUAACACAGCUCGGAUUUCCAACUUUUUUUUGGGUAAUGGUUUUGAUAGUUGGUCUCCCCAGCACUGCAGAGCGUUCCAAGUCGAGGAAGAUGCAAUUGAUUGAUUGGAAGUAGUGCCUUGAACUCUUGUGCUACUACAAAAUUAAUCUGUGGGCGUAUGGAAGGUCACUGAGUCGUCAUUAGUCAUUUCAAUAUCUUUUAGCCUAGGUUUUAGGAACACCAAUCUAAUUAUUUGGAAAACUCUAAUCAAUGAAAUUAUUCAGGCCAGAUUUGAGAUCAAUGCAAUCAGUGGUUUUGUGAAUAUCAAAAUAUUGCUUCACAGCAUCUGAAAACAUUAUUCAUUAUGC